AUGGACUACACUAUGGAAGAUACUCAGAACGCAGCGCCCGAUGCGCUGCAAGCCUCCAAGCUGAAUUCCUCCGCCCAGCGCAAUGACACGCAGAGUGUGACCAAGCGCCUGCAAGCUGAGCUGAUGCAGCUCAUGCUCUCGCCCUCGCCCGGCAUCUCUGCGUUCCCGGAUGCUGACGGCAACCUCCUCUCAUGGACAGCGACCAUCACCGGCCCAACCGAGACGCCCUAUGAAGGCCUGACUAUGAAGCUCUCCUUUGCCUUCCCCAACAAUUAUCCCUACUCUCCUCCGACUGUCCUCUUCAAAACCCCUAUCUACCACCCCAACGUGGACUUCUCCGGCCGCAUCUGCCUCGACAUUCUCAAGGACAAAUGGAGUGCUGUCUACAAUGUCCAGAGUGUGCUGCUGAGUCUGCAGAGCUUGCUGGGUGAGCCUAACAACGCGAGCCCUCUCAACGCCCAAGCAGCAGAGCUCUGGGAUUCCGACCAAGAAGAGUUCAAGCGCCACGUCCUGGCCCGCCACCGUGACCUCGACGAUGAUUAA